AUGGCCCGGCGACCGGAUGACACGCGAGGAUCGCUGAUCUUCCAGGAGGGGAAAUGCAUCGAGGGAGAUUACUACAUUGUUGCUGUCUACGAUGACCCCGCCACAUGCACGAUCUCGUUUUCUGCCUACGAGCUGGAGAACGACUGCACGUACACCUAUCCGCUCACCUACAGCCAGUUUGAUGCGCUCUUCCAGUAUGACUCGGAGCUCAUGAACCCGUCGAACCAAGAUGGGCGCUUCCACUGGGUCAUCGAGCGCCUCGACUUUGUGCAGGACAAGCGCGGACAGAAAGUGCUGUGCCUGGGCGAAGAGGUGCGAUCCGUAAACUCUUCUCUUUUCUGGGCCUUCUAUGGGAAGGCCUAG